UCCGCCAGCUCUCGCCAAACUGCCAGUCGACUAUACUUGCGAGUCCUGCUGCUGCAAGGAAGAUCCGAGGAUGGCAGCAUUUCGCCCCAAAUCAGGUGCUCUCCAUGGAUAGAUUCUCAGAACCAGACCAGUCUUCAAUCUUUCGUAUGGCGCUACCGGCCUUUUCUCCGAGAGGCUCCCCAGGUGAAGUUACCGUCGCGUUCAUGCCUGCUAGAAGGGAUAUAUCCGGCUUGCAUAAUGCGGUUGGCGUCACCUAUCGACCGCCGUGUAGUGUCCUGUCUGCCUCUCUAGGAUCGUAUAUGGACCUACCUCCGACUCCACCAGCAUCACCUCGUUCACCGAGAACCAUCUCAGCAGGUCCUCGUACCAUCGUGCCAUCCCCAUACAAUGACAGAGAAAAGACCUUGUCCGUUUUAUACUCUCCACACGGUGUAUCCUACGAGAUCAUCCGGCCAUACGCAUCAUCCCAUCUCGUCUCCGAGUCCGCCCUCCCACUAGAUCUCCUCAUGCACUCGUUCGACCGUGUAACCAACCCAAUCUACCUCGGGGGUAACAUCGCAGCCGGCUCGCCUGGUGGUGUUGAAAUCGCCCGCAACCUACUUGCUAAGGCGUGGAUCAGCGCUCACGAUGCCGACAAGAUCAACAAGGGCGUGUCCGUAAAGCAGAUCCGGAUGCGGAAGUUUGGCCUGGAUGAAAUCAAGAGGAUGCUCGUCGGCGGAGAUAAAUUGCCGGGGCCUAGCGUGUCUAUCCAGACGAACGUCGUUAGUCUUCAUGCAGGCGAGGAGUUCCGCAUCAAGAGGGGAUGAGGCAAGAAAUCUACGGCUGCGUCGAUGGACGACGCCAACCCAACAUCCUUUCUUGAUUCAACAGCAUGACCAAUGAUACAUCAGGCAAGACACGGAUGCAUUGAUGAAAUUUACAUCGUAGUAUGGACCGAUCCAACCCGUCCAACCCUUUCAUCCCAUCAUCCCAGUCGUCCUGACCUCCACCACUCCAACCAUUUCUACCAGCAAAAGACACGGUGUUCUACUUCAUACUCCCCGACAAGCUGAGAUGUACAAUGAAAAAUAUGGUGGUUGCUUUAUGCCGAAGCAAACGCGCAACCAAGCGCCAGACCACGCAAUAAACCAUUGCACAAGAGGCACCAGAGGUCUCAGCUGCCAGAAGGCAGAGAGAGGCGGUUGUCACGCGAUUCCCCAG